AUGUCGAAAAAUAAAUUAGAAUGUUGUUUACGCUUACCCAACUCAGUAGAAAUUGUUAAAUGUAAAUCUUGUAAUAAAAAAUACCACUAUGCAUGUGUAAGUACCACAAAAAUUGUUUAUAAAGAUUUAACAGAGGAAUACAAAAACAAUUGGCUGUGUCCGGUGUGCUCUAGACCCAGAACAGAUAAUACAAAUACGCCAAUAAGAAAUGCUACAAGUUAUACAAAUGAUAACAAAAUUGAAGGUGAAUCUGAACAAUACGUUAACGUAGGCGCAAGGCGUAAGAGAAUUAGGUCACCUGGGGAUAGCCCAAGGAGUGAGUCUUUGGGAGAGAUUAGAAGCAUAAUCAGACAGGAAUUAACGUCGGUACUGGAUAAUUUUAAAAGUAAUAUUUUGGAGCAAAUUGAUUUUAAAAUAAAAGAAGUUCUAGAUAAUAUGAGCGGCAUUAACACUUCAAUCGGUUUUCUAGAAGAGAAAUUUGAAGACGUCAAACAGGAAAUGCAUAACAAAAUAAAAAUAAUUAACAACUUGGAAGAAGAGAACAGGAAUUUACAU